CGGCGGGAGCAUGCAGACUUGAAAGGCAGGAAACCCUCGUCGCGCACCAGACGACCUUGGGACUCCGAAGGCCAUUCCUUCUCUGAAACGGCAACUCACAGCGCGCCAAGAGAGCUGCUACAUGCACCCAAAGAAGAAUGGCGAACAGACAGCAUUUGCUGACGAUUAUGAGGAAGAGCGUUGCAAGCCAUUGCUCAGGCCUCGUGGGCUUGAUUGUUUUUGAAUAUCAGGUUCUGAAAAUAUCCGUGGCCCGAUUCUCCCUAGAUGCCGCUGCAUCUCUUCCAGGAGCUUUGCUGUUAUCAACGAUAUGUUUCACCGUGGUGGCCCUGACGGCCAGCGCAAGCUUUAUUCUGACCGACUACUUGCGCCGGGUUGCAAUUGACGAGGCAGUGACACAGGGCGUUGGGCUUCGCUUGAAUGCGCAACCUCUCCACAAGACACGACUCGGAGGGCUGACUUUACUGCUCGCUGGUGUGAACCAGAUACUUUUGUUUGCUGAUUUGUUUGUGGCCGACUGGAACCCAGUCGUCGGAAACCUGAAGGAUGCUUUGGAGGUCGGCCAGCACGAGGUUAUGAUGUGCCUUUUACCUUUGGUGUGGUACUUUCUAAGUCUCUCAUCAAUUUGUGAAUGUCCCCUGCUGCCAUGGUCAGCAGUUCAAAGCGCGUUCCAAGAACAGAUCCCGCUGUGUAACUUCCUGACCAGGCAAGGGGAUCGUCCCCAGCAAAGCCAAAGUGGGCAAAGCCGCACCAGUUUUGGGUCUCGCUCGCAGAGGCGGCCAGACAAUUGCAACGAACAGAGCAUGGUUGAAAUGGUGCAUAUGAGCCAGCCGCCAAAUCCCAGUCGGACAAGCUUUUCACAAGAGACGGUGCAGGCAAGUCAGCUUGCGAAAGAAGACGACAAAGAGAGCGGCGAUCUUGGGUAUUUACUGGCAGGUUUCCCGAAGCUCAUGGCGGCGCGGCCAUAUUCCACCUGUACUCAUCUUCUUCUCGUUCUAGCAUCUGUCGCGACCCUCUCCGUCGCAUCAGGUGUGUUGCUCAAGCAGUACCGAUUUUCCUUCGAGCCUCGGCUUUUGACUUGUGAGUCUAUUGGGGGUAGACUGAUCAAAGUGGAUCGUUUGCUUGCAAACACUUUGCCCGUGAAUUACUACAUUCUGCCUGAAGACAAAACUGUGCCAGUCACCCUCUUCCUGCAGCCAGAUCCCACUCUCGCUACAAGAUUAGCUUGGCAUCCACCUGGCGGCGCAAAUGAGAGGUGGCAGAUUCAGCGUGCGCGGUUCAAGGCGCCAGCCGUGCACAACUUCACGCUUUUGCCUGAACAGUUUGGGUUGCCUGCUAGUAUUCGGAUGACAGGCAUAAUCGACAAGACGAUUACAUUUCUGGUUCUGGGAGUGAGCCAAGUACGCGCUUGGCUGCGGGAUGACCUGCUUGGUGAUUGGAAGCACCAGCCCUGGCAAUCGUGGCACGUCAAUAGAGCGCGGCUUACCCAGCAGACGUCCGGGCCUCAAGCUGUAAGCUUUACGGUUCAAGCUGACUGGGCGUUGUUGGAUUUACAAUACGAGAUGACUCUGAAACCUUUUGAGGGUGGCGGUGCAAUGGUGACGCCCUCCUGUUCGAGUCGAUUGCAGCAAGCCACAGCAAAAGAGAUUCGGUGCUUCUGGCAGGAGAAUGGACAGUUUUUUCCCGAAUGCCCUGGAUCAUGCGAUGUCAACAUGACUUUAAAGGUUGCGCCGAGGGAUGCCGGUCAGCAGACUGUAUUCCGGUUUCAGUUGAGCCAGACAUACCAGCUUUCGAUGCAGGUCGAGCAGAACCAAGGUUUUGUUUUGAACCAACUCCGUCGCAUUCAGCGUGACUUUGACUGGGCCGCUGAUCUCAAGGAUUCUCACACCAUGAAGGUGCUUCGUGAGCGGAGGGGCAAGUUGUUGGAGGAGGAAUACGCGAAGGAGAUCAAGACAAGAUGCCCGUCAACCCCUGCAGAAUGUGACAGCAGCGCAUCACGCAUCAUUUUGGUUGGGCUCACUGGUGCUGGAAAGUCGUCCGUUUGCCGGUAUAUCACAAAUAGCGCGCAGUGCGAACCUUCCAACAGUUUAAAGUCACACACCAGUAAGGUCACAGAGGUGGUGCAAAGAGCCUUCGGCGAUUGCAGUAAAACAUGUGUACAUGUUUUUGACAUUCCAGGGUAUAGAGACACGCGGGGAGAAGCGUUUGACCAGGAACAGUGGAGCAGAACCAUGCAUGAGCUCAACCGCAGGAACAGAGGCCGUCCUGUCAAACAAAUUGUGUGGGUGGUCAAUGGUGCCAGCAAGAGGUACCAGCAGAUGCACAGGGACAUGCUGUUAGCGUACCGGCGCUAUUUCGGAACUGCUUUCUACAGACACCUCACUCUUCUGGUGAAUUUUGUGCGAACGGCGCAGUACGGUCCAUCAUUGGCGCAUGCGCAGGAGUGGACAGACGCUUUUUCUGCCGAAGUUUUGGAAGGAGAACGUCAAAUCCUAGGCGGAAAUUCGGGGCAAUGGAAUGCUGUUCGUGGCGCUACAUCUCGAGCAGUGGCGGACAAUCUGAAGGUUAUUGUGGCAGAUGCAGAUCCAGACAGAUUGGAGGAAGCAGAGUUGAGCGUUCCGCUUUCGGCGCCAUUUGUGCACCAGUUGAAGGAGUUCCAAGAAGCGAACUUGGCAGGUUUGAUCCGCAUGAUGGAUGGAUUUGCCGAAGAUACCCAAGAUGGCCUUUGGUUGAAUGCGACAUGUGCUCAGAUGGGAUGGGGCACCUUGAGCGCGCAGGAGACAACUGCCGAAAUUGAUGUCAUUCGCAGUCAGACCCGCGUAUCCGUGCUUGUGAAGGGCAGCUAUCUUGGACUGCAGGAUCAGCUUUCAGUGCAGCCACUUUCAAGCAAGUGCACCGCACAGCCGCCUGAUGGCAUUGUGCUGAAACCAGACGCAGGUAGUGACGUGCCCGACAGUCUGACCUUCACUUUUUUCGCGGGUGUUCUCGACAACGCAACCUUGACAGACGUGGAGGCUGUUCGGCUAUGUUUUGCCGAAGCUGCGCCAUUCCCGGCGUUUUGCCAGGAUGGGGGUCUCUUUCCUAUUCGUUCAAGGUUCACCAGAGCGCUCAGCAUGAGCGUUCCCAACCUGCAGAAGAUAAAGUGCAAACCUUGCCGCCUGGGGGGUAAGACAGAAGCGCUGCGCAGGCAUCCUUGUAAGUACACAUGUGUGCCAGGCAGCAGGCCCGUUGGGUUUGAGAAUCUCUCGUGCAGCAGCCUGGCAGUCGUCCGCCACCCAGAAGACAACACGAUGAUGUUUGUUCCACGUCUGCCAGUUCUUCCCGAGUGCAAACCCGUGCCUUGCCCACUCGGAUCGUGGGGAAGCGAUGUUGUCACCGGCUGCGGGUGCGGCCCGUUCCAUCGUGGCGACGUUGCGGCCACCAUCACAGCGCCAUACUAUCGCUUCAGCUGUGUGCGGUGGCUACGCAAUGGCCGUGUGCGAAUCACCAAAGCGAGGGGACAAGAUCUAGGACGAUACCUGUCGUCCCGCAGAGAUGGCUUUUGGAUAACCAAUGGUGAGCGCGACGCUCUCUCAACGUGGGUGGUGGUCCAUGCAGCACCUGUGGAGUGGGAGAUCGAGUACAAAGCAAUCAAACCGGGGGAAGAGUUUGAUGUGCCAGUCUUUCGUUUGAGGAAGGCUUCCGGGUCUGAUGUUGGCUGCUAUCUCGCAACGGCCGGGCCUGACCCUGACCGAUGGAAGCAUUCUCCAACAACCAGCUAUGCCUUUGUGUCCUGCGCAACGCGUGAACGACACAAUACGUGGUGGAGCUUCUUUAUUGCGGAUUGGCAUUACGAAAAAGACAAAGCGCUUCGGGUGAUUCCAUCCCGUAAGUUUGUCACUCAGAUUUUCAAGAGUCGACCUCCAGGCACCGCCGGACCAGAGCCCCAUCUGAUCCUUGACUUGGGUAGGGCGCUUGUAACAAGAAAUUCUUUGCGUAAUGAAGCUUCAAGUUGGGUUUUUGCUGAAACAGAGACUGCGUACACUCCGAAUUGGGAGGUGGAGUAUGUUUGACCCUCACUGCCUGAAAAGCGCAGCUGGGGAUUUGCAUUUUCGUUCUUGGAUGUUCAGAGAGCGUGCAGGUGUGUAACCAGGAGGACAAGAAGCGAGGCG